AUGACGAAAGAUACAGUCGUGAUGAAACCGGGUCCGAUUCGUAUCAUUUUGUGCGACUCCAAUGAGAUCGUCCCGUACUUAUGGAAGCGCUUCAUCCCGCAGGCUGUUCCGAAGAACGACAAGAUACUGUGUAUCCACCAUGGGUACCUCGAAUCCUUGAUGGAGAAUAUACGUACCGGUAACGAUAAACAUGCAUGCAAACAGUACGCUAUAGUAUCGCCUGGGAAUUGCUUUGGAUACUUGGGUGGUGGGUUCGAUCUCGCUCUACGACGGUAUUUCGGCGGGAUCCCCUUUGAAAAGUGGUUCAGAGAGCAGUUAGGCGGUAGGUACCAUACAGUCGGGUCGGCCACUGUGGUGGAUCUCUUGAACUGCCCACUCACUCGUACACAACAACAGCGAGAUGGGAUGAGAUACAUUAUUCAUUGCCCUACUGUGGUAGCACCAACGAAGCCUGUCUUCGACUCUAGAGCUCCACUAGACACAGGAUACAAGCCUGUCUUCAAUGCCAUGUGGAACGCAUUAAUGCAUGCACCAAAAGAUAUAGAUGGUUUGAUUAUCCCCGGCUUAUGUACCGGGUAUGCCGGUGUUCCACCUGCCAUUAGCUGUAAGAGCAUGGCGUUUGCGUUGAGGUUAUACCUGUUGGGCAACCUAAUUUCAAAGGACCUUCGAAACGUUAUCAUAAUGUACUACCUUGGUUACCCAUACGAGCCAUUCUUCCCUGAUUCCUGUAGAGAGGAGUGUGCUCUGCUGGGAAUUGAUGUGGACACUUUGAUGAAAUUUGAUGUACAGUCGGGUUCUCUAGAGGAUAUAUUGCCAACAUAUCUGGAACAGGAGGGAGAAAAGCUCCAAAGAAUCAGGCGUCCUAGCAUAUGA